UGAAUUUGCUGGAGUUAUGAUAACUGGUUUCCUUUUUCUGUGUAUUGGUUGACUUGUAUUUGGAAUUUUGGUUAAUGUUCCGAGGGCGACCCACACAAAUAGAGGGAACUGGACACCGCCCUUUUAGAAAGGAUAAGAAGGAGAGUUAUUUACAUCUCAGGAUUAAACUUUAAGCAAGAGAAAUAGCAGAAUGGGAUCGACUAUAGAUGACACCUUCCGUAUCCUCAUAGCUACAGACAAUCAUCUUGGCUAUGCAGAAAAGGAUCCUGAAAGAGGAAAUGACAGCUUUGAAACUUUUGAGGAAAUUCUGAAAAUGGCAGUAGAACAACAGGUGGACUUCAUCUUGCUUGGUGGUGACUUGUUUCAUGAGAAUAAGCCUUCCAGGCAGUGUCUUGUGAAAUGCAUGGAGCUUCUCCGCAAGUAUACUUUUGGAGACAAGCCUGUUUGCUUUGAGUACAUAAGUGAUCCAACUGAGAACUUCAAGAAUUCCAAGAACCCAAUGGUCAACUUUCAUGACCCAAAUCUCAAUGUUUCCAUUCCUGUGUUUUCAAUUCAUGGCAACCACGAUGAUCCUUCAGGUCUUGGUCAGUUUUGUGCUCUAGACAUGCUUUCAACAGCUGGUUUAGUAAAUUAUUUUGGACGCACUGGAGACCUCAAGAACAUCACCAUUAGUCCUGUAUUGCUUGAGAAAGGAACAAACAAGCUGGCUUUAUUUGGUUUGUCGUCAGUCAAAGAUGAGAGACUCUUUAGACUCUUCAAAGAAAAUAAGGUUAAGAUGAUGCGACCAAAGGAAUUCCAUGAUGAAUGGUUCAACAUCAUGGUAGUCCACCAGAACCAUGCAAAACAUGGCAUGACCAAUUACCUCCCAGAAGCUUUCCUGGAUCCUUUUCUUCAUCUUGUCAUCUGGGGUCAUGAGCAUGAAUGUCUUAUUCAGCCACGCCUUAGUGCUGAUAAUUCUUUUCAUGUUGUACAACCAGGAAGUUCAGUUGUAACUUCAUUUUGUGCUGGUGAGGCUGUUGAAAAGCAUGUUGCUCUCCUUGAGGUGAAUAAUAAGCAACUGUUUAAUGUAACCCCUCUCAAGCUAGAGACUGUCCGGCCAUUUGUAUUUGAUGAUGUGUGCUUGGCUGAUCAAGAUCUGGAUUAUGUAAUUGGGAACAAAGAAACCAACCCAGUAGAGGAGUUUAUUGAGGAACACAUCCAUGGUAUGAUUAAGAAGGCCAAGGAACAACUCACAGGUCAUCCAAAACAACCCAAAAAGCCACUUAUCCGUCUACGAGUUGUAUACACAGAUGAGUCUCAGAUGUUCAACACGACCCGAUUUGGCCACAAAUUUACGGAUGACGUAGCAAAUCCCAAUGAAAUGAUCUUAUUCAAAAAGCAACGUAGGGAAAUAAAGAAAAUGACACCUGACAUUGAUAAGGAGGCCAUGAAUGCAAUUUUUGCUGGAGAAGAUGUUGCAGAGUCAAGAGUUGAGGAUCUUGUGCAGCAAUAUUUUUCAGAGCUGUCAGAUCAGAAACCGAAGCUAUUCUUGCUUUCAGAACGAGGGGUGUCAAAGGGGGUAAACGCCUUUGUCGAGAAAGAUGACAGAGAUGCCAUCAGCACUGUUUUUAAGCACCAAGUUAAGAAGACUGUGGAUCACAUUUUAUCCCAAGAGGCAGAUAUUGAUGAGGAAAAUAUUGUGGAUGCAAUUAUCACCUAUCGAGAAGAAAGAUUGUUGAAGACUAAUCCUCAGUUAGAGGAACAAGAGGCGCAAGCAGCCUUAAGUAGUACAACAAGAGAAAGAAAAAAAGUUAGUGAUGAAGAUGAUGAUGAUGCAAUGGAUGACAUUGAUAUGAAGGACUUCAGCCCCCCACCAGCUAGAGGAAGAGGAUCGCGAGGAGGUCGUGGACGAGGCAGUAGAGGGUCCCGGGCCAGGGCAGCUAGUUCAUCUGCAAGCACCACUCAGACAUCAAGCAGAAAUCAGUUGACUUUGAUCGGUGAUGGUUCUCCAAAGGUAUCAGAAUCUUCAUCCAGGGCACGACCAUCACGAGGAAGAGGAAGGGCAGCGACAAGAAACCAGAGUAUCAUGGAAUCAUUUUCUCGGGCCAGAACUGCUGCUUCAAGUCGUAAAGGAAUUGUUUAUGACAGUGAUGAUGAUUAGCUCAGUUCCAAUUAAUGAAUUAUUCACAUUGAUUAUAAUAAUAUUUCAUGACAAAGUAAUAUUUUAUAAUCAUUGUCUCUUCCAUAUAUGUAUUACAUAAGCUUCAAGAGAUUUUGUUUUUGAAAUUUACACUUUUACAGAAAAUGGACCUCUUUUUCAUAUAUAUUUUUUAUUAUGAUUUACAUAGAUUGCUAUUGUCAUUGGAUAUCCCAUGGUGCAGCACAAGGCAUAAAUCAUACUACUUUUGUCUGAUGUACUUUUUCUGCCGACAAAGUAUAAUAUAAAAUCUCUAACUCUAUAUAUGGCAAAUCUUCCAUCAUGUUUCAUUAUUUGUACAACAGCCAAAAGCAGGAAAAGAGUUGUGUCUUCUGUUUUGUAUAAUGUCUUGUAUUCUUUGAAUCUCUGAUUUCUCAUUACUCUUCUCUCUUUCUGAUUUUCUUCUUUUCAUCCACCUCAUAUCCUCUUUCUGUUUAUAGAAUUUCCUAUUGUAAUAAUUUCUGAAACAAUGUUAUUGGUUAUAUAUGUCUGUUACUUUCGUAAGUGUGGUAUUUGAACAUAAUGUUGUCCUCAUUAAUAGAAUUUGAAUUUAUCAUGGUAGUUCAUGUAAAUGAUAAGUUACGGAGAUGCUCAGAAAUGUGGAAGAAAAAAAUAAAUUUAUUUGAAUAUUACUCAUGAUUGUAUCAGUUAUCUCUUGAAUUUUCAGUAAUUCAAAGUGGACAACCAUCUAAUUGUAAACUAAAUGAUAUAUAGACAAAUCAGAGUGAAAAGAAUGUUAUAUAAAUGCAUAAUAAAAUGAAUGAAUGUGA